UUACACGAGAAAUGAGCCACACAGGGACUUCUACUUGGUUUCCCGGAUUAACCCAACUGAUAAACCCAAACUUAUGGAGGAACAACAAAGAAAAGAGGGGCAGAGAUCUCCGAGAACAGAUCAAGAAACUCUCUGCAUCACAUGUACUUGAUGAAGCGGGCAUUGAUGAUGUUCAAGUCCUCACUUUGACCAGGGAGGAUCUGAAUGAGCUCUUCCCAGGCGUGAAAAACUUCCAGCUCCGGAGGAAAAUCAUGGAGCUUAUUAUAAACGCAGCGAAGGAAUCACUUCAACCUGGUCCAGAAACAUUUGCCAACGCACUGAAGCGUUUAAUGCAGCACAAUAACAGCGGUGAUGCUGCGGCACAGGAUAUUUUGAGAGAGUGUCUUCGUGCCUUUCGAGAAGUGGAUGACCAGCUCAAAGCUGCACAGGCAUCACUGAAACCAUACAUCGAAGUCUUAAACGGUCUUGGUGAGGCAUCUGUUAAUAAAGAACGCUGGGGUAUAGAAGCAGCUUCACAUAGCAGACAACAUCCCCAUUAUGACCAGACAAAUUCAAUACCCCAGAGCACACAGAGCUCUUUUGAGCCAUCGGUAAAAGUGCAUUCAGUUGUGUGUGGCCGAACCUUUGGAGCAGAUCAGCAAAUUCUUAAUCAGCUCAAGGGGGUCAAAUUGACUGAUAUGACAGACUGUCAGCUGAUCCUGGUCUUCUGCCCAGUGGCAUCAAGAGUUGGAACCGACAUUGAAGAAGCUCUGAGGGGAAUCCCAGGUAAUAAACCCACUGUUCUAAUAGUGAUGCACCACACACACAACCCUCACCAUGUGGGACCGAGCUCAACAUCAAUUCCAGUGAACGUAUUGGAUUACGUUCAUGUGCUCUUUCACGAUACAGCUGGCGGUCUUCUUCAAUGUUUAGCAAAUAACAGUGCCAUAUCCAGAAUUCAGUCUGCUUUAAAGCAGCACACAAAUAGCUGGUAGUGGAAAAUAGGUUAUUUGGAAUCGGAAAAUAAGUAAGUACAUAUGUAUACAGACUGUAUGUAAUAAAUAUUGCUUUGUGAUGUUUUGGUUUGUUAAUGGUUCACUAGGCCUGUGUCAAUCCAGUAAAGAAGAAAUUUGUUUGUACUCAAAAUUAUUUUUGUUUUUGAGGACUGUACAAUAAAUUGGAUCUGAUUGCUGUGUUGCUAGGAGUAAAAUAACUAAUAAAGGAAAAUAAAAAGGA